UUGGCGACUCCCCUCUUCCUCUACCCACCCCAUCAGAGACACUUAGCAAUGGAAGAGGGGAGUCGCCAAAACUUGAACUUAAAACUUAAAUUCACUAUUUUCUUCGAAAAUAUACGUGAGUUCCACACAACAAUGAUCUUAUAAUUGUAUAAAUAUGAUUUGUUUUGUUUCUGUUAUAAAAGCGCAUGAGCAUACAGUCAAUAUUCAUAAAAAGUGAACUUGACAUUUAAAUAUUAAAAACUAAACAAUUUCUAUAAUAUUAAACAAGGAAUUUCAAAAUUGUGUCUUAAGAGGUUCUUCGUCCACUAAAUUCAUUGCUGAAUUAUCGUAAGUUUCACCUCCAUUUUUUGACACGGAUGGAGCUGAUGAAACGGCAUACGACGGAUAUUUACGUUUUGCAUUUGUAUUAGUUAAUGAUGAAGCAAGUGAAGCAGCAUUCGAUAGAGAUCAACAACAAACAUUACCUAUUGGUAUUAUUAAUUUUGGAUCGAUUUCAUUUGGUUUAAUUGGUUUUCUAGCAAGUCUUGCUUUACAAUUAUGGAUUUUUUUGGGUGCACAAAUAACAAAAAAUCAAAUACCUAGUAAAAUUUUAGAACUAACUAUUGAUAAUUGCACUGAUCCAGUUAAUAUAACAAAUACAACAACAACAACACUAUCUCCUCCAACGAUUAAACAAGAUCCAUUGAUUGAUUUUUACUCUGUUAGUUAUAUGUGGUAUACAACGAUAGCUGUUCUUGCUGUUCUUAUUGUUGGUGUUAUUGUAUCGUAUUUAACACAUCCACUUAAACCAAAUGAAAUCGAUCCAAAAUUAAUAAUACCAAUAGGUA